UUUCUGAAUACAUUCAAUAGUGGUCCGUUGAUGGCGUAGACACCGCCACCGCCAACGCCAAGCAACAAGUAAUUCGGUGAAGCAAUGAUAUCAUCAUCACAUACUCACUCUGUAUAUAGACUCCUAUCGACACUCAAGAAAAACCACAACAAAAUGAACGAAAUGAGUAAUAACAGUAACAUCAUAAAACUUGAAACAUUAAACACAUUCCUCAUCAAACCCUCCAAACCCACCCCACCAAACCUUAAAAUCUUCAAACUCUCUUUACUCGACCAACUCUCCCCCAACAUCCAUGGCAACUCCACCUUCUUCUUCCCACAUUCUCACAACAACUCCUUCUCUCAUAACUCCAAUCUCCUCCAAACCUCUCUCUCCCAAACAUUAUCCCUAUUUUACCCUUUCGCCGGACGUCUCCAAGACGGCACCGGCUCCACCAUUCUCUGCAACGACGACGACGGUGUUUUAUUCAUCGAGUCUCAAACUACCAUUACUCUCUCACAACUCCUCACCACCCCGGAUCUCAACACCCUCGAAUGCUUCCUCCCAGUCCCAACCAUGGAAAACAAAAACAUGCUCUUAUUACUCCGCUUCACCUCAUUCACCUGCGGUUCCACCGCACUUACCAUAUCCCUCACACACAAGAUAACCGACUUUAACACGUUCAUCACGUUUCUCAAAACAUGGACCACCCUAUGCGCCGCCGCGAAACCGGUUCCACUCCCUGACUUAACCACCGCCUCCACUCUCUUUCCUCCCAGAGACCUCCCCGAGAUGUCCGCUUCCUAUAAACCUUCAUCCAAGAACUUCACUUCCAGAAGAUUUAUCUUCCAUGCAUGCAAAAUAGAACAACUCAAGAGAAAAAUCAAAAGCGAAACCGAGUUUCAACCUUCGAGAGUCGAGGUUGUUCUGGCUCUCAUAUGGAAAUCUGCCCUUUCAGCUUCUCGUUCCAAAACACAGUCGUUUAAGCGUUCGGUUUUGUUUCAAGCUGUAAACCUCCGUCCACGUAUGGAACCCGCCGUACCAGAAACAGCUGUUGGAAACUUUGUGUGGUCGUUUGUGGUGACAGUUGAAGAAGAAAGCCACAUGGUAUUACACGAGAUAGUGAAGAGAAUGAGAAAUGGUAUGAAAGAGUUUAUAGAGAAGGAAGCAAAGACUUUUAAGGAGGAAGGUGGGUUUAAAGUGGUGAUGGAGAGUUUCAAAGAUAGGGUUGAGAUUUUGACUGAGAAUGAGAAUGAGGGUAGUAUGGUAAUUUACAAAUGUUCGAGUUGGUGUAAAUUUCCGGUGCUUGAAAUUGAUUUUGGGUUGGGGAAACCAGUGUGGAAUUGUUGUGUGAAUAAGUUGGUGAGUAAUACAAUUGCUUUGAUGGAUACAAAAGAUGGUAAUGGAGUUGAAGCUUUUGUCACUCUUGAUGAGGAUGAUAUGGAGUUGUUUGAAAAAGAUGAAGAGCUUCUACACUAUGGUGUGCUUAAUCCUAGAAUUAUCAUUUGAUGGAAGAAGCACUUCUCAUGCAAUAUUCAUAUGUAUAUGUAGAAACAAUCAUAUGGUUUCUCGUAUAGACCAUUAUAUCAUAGGUUUUUUUUUCUUCUAAUAAAGAUAUAUAUUUCAUAAAGAGAAAAUAAGUAUAUGUAAAAUAUAAAAUAUAUAAUAUUAAAAUUUGUAUUGAAUAAAUGUUUUU